CAGAAAGGCUGUCAUUAUAUGUCUUCAGCUCUGAGUUCAAACCCUUCACACCUGAGAGAGCUGGAUCUGAGCUACAAUCACCCAGGAGAUUCAGGAGUCAAACUACUCACUGAAAAACUGUUGGAUUCAACCUGCUCACUGGACAAACUCAAUGUGGAUCAUGGAGGAGAAUCCAGGAUUACAGCAGGACUGAAGAAAUGGGUUUGUUUUCUCACACUGGAUCCAAACACAGCAAACAAAUACCUCAGUCUGUCUGAGGAGAACAGAAAGGUGACACGUGUGGAUGAGUAUCAGUGGUAUCCUGAUCAUCCAGACAGAUUUGAUGUGUAUCAGGUGUUGUGUAGAGAGAGUGUUUGUGGAUGCUGUUACUGGGAGAUCGAGUGGAGUGGAGAUACUGGUGUGUUUAUAUCAGUGUCAUAUAAGAGCAUCAGCAGGAAGGGACAGGGUGAUGAGUGUUGGUUUGGAAAUAAUGAUCAGUCCUGGAGUUUGAUCUGCUCUCCUGACAGAUACUCAUUCAGACACAAUAAGAUAGAGACUGUUCUCCCCGUGAAGCCCAUCAUCAGUAGAAUAGGAGUGUAUGUGGAUGUGAGUGCAGGAACUCUGUCCUUCUACAGCGUCUCUGACACAAUGAGCCUCAUCCACACAGUCCAGGCCACAUUCACUCAGACGCUCUAUCCUGGGUUUACUGUUGGUUAUAAAUCAUUAGUGAAACUGUGUUGAUGAAUCAGAACAGACUGAUGAGAGAUUCUACCCAUAAUACUUUGAGCUGAUGAUGAAUCAGUAACAGUGAGAUGUUAUUGAGUCUCUUCAUGACAUUAAUACUGCAGCUCAACUUCUGUCACUCAAAUAACAGUCAGAAUAAAUGUGUCAGAAAUCCUCAUAUAGGGACUUGAGGUUUAGCAAUGUAAGAGGGAGCAGCAAAGACGAAGAGCUCCCAGCCACACUUCUUUUAAACUUAUUAAUGUGUCUUCUUUUCUUCAUUUAAUUGCUUUACAACAUAAAAUAUAAGAACUACACUUAGUCCAGAAAGAGAAAUGAGCAACUCGAAGCAGAAGCAAAGUACUGCACCAGCAACACAAUCAGGUGCUACCCUAGCAGGAAAGCUAGCAGCUAUGGCGGCUAACGAUACUGCUAGCAACAAGGAUACACCUGUAAAAGACAAUACGGAUAACUUGUCAAUGAGUCGGCUAAUCUCCGAACUGUAAAAACAGCGGACCAGUUUAAAAGAAGACAUGGCAAGUUUAAUUCAAGAUUCAAUCAAGCCGUUGCAAGCAUCUCUUGACACGCUACGUGAGACAGUUGGUUCAUUUCAACACAGACUUGCGUCUACUGAAAUACUGGUCGGAGAAAAUUUUGAAAGGCUCGUUGCCGUGGAAGCAACGAGCAAAUCCUUGAAGGCACAAAACUCAUCUCUUCUUGACCAAAUUGAUGAUCUUGAGAACAGAUCUAGGAGGGCUAACCUGCGUAUUAUCAACAUUCCGGAAGGCGGUGAGGAUGGAAAAGACCCCAUUGGAUUCGUGUCUGGGCUGAUGAAAGAUUCCAUGGAGAGCGUGUUUAACAGCCCUCCCGAGCUUGAGUGUGUGCAUCGUGCACUUCGCCCCAGACCUGGAGCAGGGCAACCACCAAGACCAUUCAUUGUCUGCUUCCACCGAUAUCAGGAAAAGGAAAGGGCACUUCAGUGGGCCAGGUGACAUGAUGUUAAAUUCAACGGUGUGUCACUACGAUUCUACCAGGAUACGAGCACAGCUUUAACGAAGAAACGCGCCGGUUUCAAAUAAGUUAAACAAUCCCUCUAUCAGAAAGGUAUAAAGUUUCAGCUUCUGCAUCCUGCCCGUCUUCGUGUGAAAUUCGGAGAGGAAACUCACACUUUCGACUCACCUGAGGCUGCUGAGGCUUUUUACAAGACGCACAUUCUUGCACAGGACUAAAGACUGGCUUUGGCCGUAACACACUGACUGCGAAGUUACAAGACACUGUGAAUAUACUUAAGGCAAUGUGGUGAUUUAUUUUAUUGUUUUUUUUUUUUUUCUAUCGAAAAUUAUCUAACAAUUUAAGAAAAGACGCAUGUUUCUGUUGAUUGCCUUAAAGCUUAUGUCGUACAAAGUGUAGUAAUGACGCUAUACUGAACUCCAAGUAUACACUGUGGCUUGGAAUUCCUCAAGAAGGUUGAGAGGAAAAGACUGGAUAAUCGGGAGCCAUGUAAGUUAAAUAGGUUUCUGCAGCUUGUUUCAGUUGGGGAAACAAGCAUAGGGAAUAUGUUGGGAAGUUUGUGUGUUUGUGUCAUGUUUACCCAAAAAGUGUUGGAAAAGUUUUGUUUUAUGCUAUGCUCUCAGAAGAACUUAACAGUGAGGAAUUAUGUAUGUUGCUGAUUGCAUCUUUGUUCUGUGAUUGCCCAGUUAAAUUGAUAUAUGCCCAUGUUUGAUACAGCCAAUUCAGCAAAAUUUUCUGGGAGGUCAAAAGUUAGAUUUGUUAGUUGGAAUGUUAAAGGCCUAAAUGGCCCAACUAAAAGAGGCAGAAUUUUUGCAUAUUUAAAAAAAAUUAAUCUGAAAUAAUAUAUUUACAAGAAGCCCACUUGCGCAUUAGUGAUCAUCUUAGACUUAGGAAAUCAUGGGUGGGGCAAAUCUUUCACUCUAGUUUUAACUCUAAAGCAAGGGGCACUGCCAUUUUGAUACACAAAAACAUCCAAUUUACAGCCUCUGCUACUAUUGCAGAUCCUCAGAGAAGAUAUGUUAUAGUCUCUGGGAUGUUAUAUAAAGUCCCUGUCCUAUUAGUUAACGUGUAUGCCCCUAACUGGGAUGAUGUGAGUUUUAUUAAUAAGCUUGUUUCUUUACUGCCAGACCUAAACUCUCAUCUCAUGAUUUUUGAUGGUGACAUAAAUUGUGUACUGGAUCCAUCCCUUGACCACUCUAAUCCCAAAUCUUUAUCCCGCUCUAAGAUGGCCCAAGCUCUAUCUACAUUCAUAGAUCAUGUGGGAGCCGUUGAUCCUUGGCGAUUCCUGUUUCCACAGAGUAGAGUAUAUUCCUAUUUCUCACAAGUUCACCACUCUUAUUCAAGAAUCGAUUACUUCUUUAUAGCUAAAUUUCUCCUUUCUUCUGUAGGACAAAUAGAAUAUUUACCUAUUGUGGAAUCAGACCAUGCUCCUGUGCAAUUAGAUCUUAUUUGCAAUUUGAGGUAUAAUGAACGGCCUUUGUGGAGAUUAAAUACGUCCUUAUUAUCAGAUCCUGCAUUUUGUACAUUCGUAACCACAGCUAUAGACAAUUUUCUAUUACACAACAGGUCAGAAUCUAUAUCAGCAUCUACAUCGUAUAUGUACGUCAACCCUAAAUAAAAAACGUAAACAAAACCUAGAUGAUUUGAUUGAUUCUAUUAAAAGAUUAGAUGGCCUAUACUCCAUGUCCCCCUCACCGGAACUAUAUAAGGAAAGGUUGAACCUUCAAGUUCAGUAUAAUCUUCUAUCAACAAAUAAAACUUAAUGGAGUUUGUUAUGUUCUAGAGGAUAUAUAUAUGGACACGGAGAAAAAGCAGGGGAUCUUUUAGCACACCAAUUAAAAUCUAAAGCUGCUUCUCAACUUAUACCUCAAAUUUGCAACAGUGAUAAUGAUUUAAUAGUUAAUCCAAUUGAAAUUAAUAAUACUUUUAAGAACUACUUUUUAAAUUUGUAUACUUCUGAAAGCCCUGAAUCUAACUCUGAAAUGUUGGAAUUUUUAGACAAUAUAGAGAUACCCACUCUGAAUUCUGUGCAGAAAACCUAUUUGGAGAAACCUAUACAAAAAGAAGAAAUUUUAAGUGCAAUUACUAUCUAUGCAAAACAAAAACUCCUGGCCCUGGUGGCUACCCAAUAGACUUUUUUAAAAAAAUUUGCAGAUAAAUUAGCCCCUAUUCUUCUUGAUAUGUUUGAGGAUUCUUUGGGAAGGGGUAGCUUGCCACAAAGCUUAAAUGUAGCAAACAUUAUUCUUUUGUUAAAACCUGAUAAGGAUCCCUUGAAAUGUAAUUCCUACAGACCAAUCUCUCUCCUAAAUUCUGACAUUAAAAUCUUGGCAAAAGUCCUUGCUUUACGUUUAGACACAGUUAUAGAGAAACUGAUUUCAAAAGACCAAACAGGUUUUGUCAGUGGUCGUCAUUCUUUUAGUAAUAUCCGGAGAUUACUAGGGGUAAUCCACUCAUCUAAACUUUCUCAGGACCCUGUCCCUCAGUCCCUCUGUUUCAUUAGACGCUGAAAAAGCGUUCGACAGGGUAGAAUGGAAAUACUUAUUUUCUGUGUUGGAAAGAUUCGGCUUUGGAACACAUUUUCUUUCACUGAUUAAGUUAUUAUACUUUUCCCCUAAAGCAUCGUUAACUACAAAUAGAGUGCGUUCAGAGUCUUUUUCCCUAUCAAGGGGUACAAGACAAGGAUGCCCUCUUUGCCCCUUACUUUUUACUUUAGCCAUCGAGCCCCUAUCAAUAGCAUUAAGAUGCUCACAGCAUUUUACUGGCAUUAAUAGUUGGGGCAUAGAACAUAGAGUAUCCUUAUAUGCCGAUGAUAUGCUGUUGUACCUUUCAGAUCCGGUUAUUCAUGUAAAUGAAGUCGGUUUUGUCUUAAGUAAACCUAAACAACUGGGAGAAAUACUGAUGCGUCAAAAUAUUUGAUCUGUGCGUCAGAUCUUAAGCGACAGCAGCAUAAACCUGUAUACAGUGAAGAUUUUGCAGUGUUUUAUUUUAACAUUUAUUACUUCGUGAAAUGUCUAGUUUAUUUCUGUAGUAGUCUUUAUAUAGACCUACAUAAAAAAAAAAAAACUUGCAAAAAAACCCUACAAUUCUAUUUAAAAAAAAUUCUAUUUUUAAAAAUAUUAUUUCAUUUGUAUUUUUGAUUAAUAUAUGUAUUAAUACGUUUGCUUGUAAGUAAUACUUGGAGUGUUUACUUGCCUUGAGCUCGAGAAUGUUUUACUUACAUUGAUUGAUUAGUUUUUUCUGUGUUGAAAUUAUUAUUAUUUACAUUUAUUAUUAUUAUAAAAUUUAUUAUUAUAUACAUCUUUGCAGCAACAGUUUUUAUGGGUCCAAAACCAUCUUGGGUGUGCAUGAUUUUCUAAUAAUUAAAUGGCCCAUCAUCAAUUAUUCCUUAUAUAAUGCAAUUUAUUGUUAUUAAUGUAACUAUAAAUGCAUUCAAAAAUAAAACAGGUGUGAGUUUGCUGUGACUUGUGGAAAGUAUUUUAUACACAGUGUGUGCCAUUGUGAAGACUAGGUUUAUCCCUCACAACCUCAUUUUCAUUCAAGAAGAAAA